AUGCAGACCAAACAUUUCUUUUCCGAUCCUAACCACCUGGUCGUCACGGCCUUGAACUCCCUCACUCUCACAAAUCCCUCUCUUGCUCUCGACAAACAAAAUAAAAUUAUCUUCCGUCGCCCAGAUGCACCCCGCAGAGCAAAGAAGGUCUCCAUCGUGACCGGCGGUGGCUCCGGCCAUGAACCCGCCUUUGCCGGCUUUGUCGGCCACGGCCUUUGUGAUGCCUCGGUCGCGGGGACUAUCUUUGCCUCGCCCUCGGCGGAGCAGAUCCGUCGUGCCGCGAUCGAUCGCGUUCCAACUGAAGACGGUGUUUUCAUCAUUCCGAUGAACUAUACCGGAGAUGUACUGAACUUCGGAAUGGCGGCGGAGAAGUCCCGUGCGGCGGGGAUCAAGACAGAAUUCUUCGCGAUCAACGACGAUGUGGGCGUGGGCCGUGUCAAGGGUGGCAAGGUCGGUCGUCGUGGUAUCGGUGGUGGUGUUUUGAUCCUGAAGAUGGUUGGCGCUUUGGCCGAAGCUGGCGGCUCAUUGGACGACGUCUAUGCUUUGGCCCAGCUGGCCAACAAAAACCUGGUCUCUCUCGGCUCCUCGCUGGAGCAUGUCCAUGUCCCUGGCCGUGGUGUCCCCGAGGAAUCCAUUCCUCAUGGCGAAGUCGAAGUAGGCAUGGGCAUCCACAACGAGCCAGGCUCUCACCGUACCAAGUUCAACCUCGUUGGCCUGGUGCAGGGGAUGCUUCUUCAGCUCCUCGACCAUAAUGACCCGGACCGCUGCUAUGUGACCCGCAAGCCCGAGGACAAGUUCGUCCUGUUGAUUAACAACCUCGGUGGCGUGAGUCCGCUCGAGUUGGCUGGCAUCACUGAUGAAGUCUACCGCCAACUCCGAGCCGACUACGAUGUCAACAUGGUCCGCGUGAUCCAGGGCACAUUCCUCACUAGUCUGAAUGGACUCGGCUUCAGCAUCUCACUGCUGAAGCUUGUCGACCCCGGUUUCGGCGCUGGCAAAUCCAUGCUCGAGCUCCUCGAUGCUCCUGCCGAAGCAGUCGGAUGGUCCGCUCCUAUCAACACCGAGACCUGGGAUAACCGUAACGACGACCCCGUGGAGCUGAAGGACUCCAACCUGGCAGAAGACAUCCACAGCAACCUCCAACUCGACCCCCAAACCAUCCAAAAAGUCCUCGGCGCCGGUCUCGAGCGCGUCAUCCGCGCCGAACCAGAAGUCACCCGCUACGACACCAUCGUCGGCGACGGCGACUGCGGCAUCGGACUGAAGCGCGGUGCCGAAGCCAUCCUCGCCCUCCUCAACAACACCUCCACCCCACUCACAUCCGACCUCCUCGUAACACUCACUCGCAUCGUCACCGUCGUCGAAAACGUCAUGGACGGCACCUCCGGUGCCAUCUACGCCAUCUUCCUAAACGCACUUGCCCACGGCCUUCGCGCCCAAGACCCCUCAUCCCCCACACCCGUGACCACAGAGAUCUGGGCCCAAGCCCUCCGCUCCUCCAUCGACGCUCUGGGCAAAUACACACCCGCCAAGAAGGGUGAUAGAACACUCAUUGAUGCGCUGGUUCCGUUCAUUGAGACGCUCUCUGAGACGGGCGAGGUGAGGGUUGCUGCUGCGGCAGCUCAGCAGGGCACUGAGUCUACGAAGGCUAUGAAGGCUAGUUUGGGACGCAGUGUUUAUGUUGGUGGGGAGGCGGGUUGGGUCGGUAAGGUUCCUGACCCUGGUGCUCAUGGGCUUUCGGAGUUUUUGACUGGUCUUGCUGAGGCGCUUUGA